AUGUUAUUCCACUCCGUCACUAUACUCGCCUGCGCCCUUAGCAUUGCUGCUCAUGCUGCUGCCUCACCCACAGCUUCCGUGGAUGCUUUGGAUCAACGUGAUGGCUUGAUGGUUAGAGUUGACGUUGACACCAGAGACGUUCUAGAUAAUGUCAAUCUCAGCCAAAAGCGCGAUAAUGAUAGCUUGAUUAACGUUAAUGUUGACGUCAGUAACCUUCUGAACAAUGCUAGCGUAGAUGUCUUGAGUAGUGAAUGA